GUCAUAUUUGAACGUUCCUCUCCUCUCCUCGUCCCUUCUAUAACCUUGCUAAAUUCAAAAACUCUCCAACGAAAGAAAAAAAAAAUGGGAAAGAAAUCGAAAGAAGGAGAGAAGGAAUCAUCGGACGCCUUCAAAACCCUCUUCGGUGAUUCCAAUCCCUACCGUCGAAAACCCCAAUCCGAUCAAGAUCAACAGCCAAAACAGAAGGAACCGCAUCAAGACCCGUCAGGGUUAGGGUUAGGGUUUGGAACUUCUGGUGGAGAAGGAGAAGAAGACAAUCCUGCUGCUGAUUCUCCAAGAAAAGAAAUCGAAAUCGCGGAGACGAAGAAGAAGAGAAAGAGGGAGAGAGAAAGAAACCCUUUUCUGGAAGCGGACGUUAGAGAUUCGGCGAUCCGCCAGAAGCGGAAGAAACGGACCGAAGAUGAUGAUCAAUCAACAGAGCUGAUCGACGGCAAAGGGAACGAGGCUCGAAAGAAGAAGAGGAAGAGGGACGAGAUCGAGGAGGAAUAUGAGAUGAAGAUGUACGGUGGGCCGGAGAAGAUCGAGGGCGGGGAUGCGGAGCCUGGUCGGAUAGUUGUUGGUGAGAAGAGGAAGGCGGGGUUUGAUACAAAGGAAAUGGUCGUUUCAAAGGAGGCUUAUGACGAUGAGAGUAAGCUUCAGAGGACUGUUUUCGUCGGGAACUUGCCAUUGAAGGUGAAGAAGAAAGUUCUGUUGAGAGAUUUCGGACAGUUCGGAGAGGUUGAAUCGGUUAGGAUCCGGUCAGUGCCAAUCGUGGACAGUAAAAUACCGAGAAAGGGUGCUAUAAUCAAGGGAAAAUUCAAUGAUUCUGCUGAUAGUGUCCAUGCUUACAUUGUGUUCAAGGAUGAGCAAUCGGCACAGGCUGCUUUGUCACAUAAUAUGGCAAAGCUUGGAGAGAAUCACAUUCGUGUUGAUAGGGCAUGCCCUCCUCGUAAGAAAUUGAAAGGAGAAAAUGCUCUACUUUAUGAUAAUAAAAGGACUCUUUUUGUGGGUAACCUCCCAUUUGAUGUGAAGGAUGAGGAACUGUAUCAGUUGUUUUGUGGGGUUAACCAUAUGGAAUCCAGCAUAGAAGCCAUACGUGUUAUCAGAGAUCCCCAUUCAAGCGUGGGGAAGGGUAUUGCCUAUGUCAUGUUUAAAACGCGGGAAGCUGCCAACACAAUCGUUAAGAAAAAGAACUUCAAGCUCCGUGAUCGUGAUCUGAGGCUGUACCAUGCCAAAUCAGAUUCCACACCAUCAAAGAGGAAAAAACCAGAACCAGCAUGGGCAGAGAAUUCCCCAGGAAAGAGGUUGGCUGUGGAUUCCCGCCAAAAGCCAUCAAACACCACCAAAUCCAUGAAGGUAACGAAGGCUGCUGACCUCUCCUAUCAAGGCUUGCGAGCCAGUAAAUCCGGUGUCCAAAAGAAGGGAAACCUCCAUCUAAGAACUGAAGAGCAUGGGAAGAUAGAAUCCAAGGGGGGGAGACGAUUGGAACCAAAGGCUCGCAAAACCAAACGGCCUGCGGUCGAAGCCAGGAAGGCAAAAGCAUUGAAGGCUGGUGGUGGGGCUGUGAGACAGUUGGGUCAAAAACGGAAGCUGGAAAGCAGGACGCCUGAAAAUUCCCAUCGGGAUAAGAUAGCUAGAAAAUUCAGGUAGUUUGACUCAGAGAGGUGUAUCCUAACAUUCGAAGCAAAAGCAUUGAAGACUGGUGGUGGGGCUGUGAGAUGGUUAAAAAGUGGAAGCUGGAAAGCAGGGGACGCCUGAAAAUUCCCAUCAGGAUAAGAAAGCUAGAAAAUUCAGGUAGUUUGGCUCAGGGAAGUGUCCUAACAUCUGAGUUUUGAUUGUAAUUUGCAAGCUGAGGAAGAAUGCUUAUAGUUCAGUUAUGUAGGAGUGUCAUUCCCAGCCCUAUUAAUUUAACAAGAAUGAGUGGUUCUUUAAUUAUUGAAACUUUGCCAA